AUGUUUCACACUAUAAUACUGUGGGCACGCUAUCGUGUCGUUUUUGCCAUGGCAAAAAUAAUGUAACAAAUAAUUUGUAGUAAACAACUUUUUGUUUGCAGGUGGCAAUGGGAAGCUGUUUUAGCCAGGACAAAGUGGAACCAAUAGCUGGUGAAGAGAUGGACACGACAGGCAGUUCCUACAAUGGAAAGACAGACGAGUUUGACGGACCCACCAAGCGACGAGGCUGUACCGACGCUUUCUUCCUUGUACUGUUUAUAGGCUUCAUUAUUGGUCUCUUUGUGCUUGUGGGGUACUGUGUGGUUAACGGGGACGUAUUCAGGAUAGUAAACGGCUACGACAACUGCGGAAACAUCUGUGGACGGAAGAAUGAACCAUUGUCCGAUCCAGCUCUUCAGUGUUUUGGGAAGGACAUGACUGAUAAAAAGUUUGUGCAGAUCAGUGGUUCUGUGAAGGCAAUUGUUGAUCCCAAACACACAGUCAGAAAGUGUGUGGUUAACUGCAACACUGAACCUGGAUUUGUUCGGGUAUUGAAUCGAUGCGUUCCAAACAAGAAUGACUCAUCUGUGAAGAACUUCUUCUCUAAAAGUGGAGUUGGAGAAUUUUUCCAGGAAGUUUCACAAGAUCUACACUUGUGUUGGAGGGAAAUUUUAAUUCUUUGCCUCAUAGCUUUUGUCAUGUCACUAGUCCUGCUCUUCCUGUUCCGUUACGUUGCUGGUGUCGUUGUGUGGUUGGUCCUCAUUGCUGCCAUCGUUACAAGCAUAUGUGCAACUAUUUAUCUUUGGAUCAUGUGGAGGCAGAAACACGAUCUGAUAUACGGAGGAGAGCUUGAACAAAGAAAAGAGAGCAGUUACUUUACCUAUGCAAUCAUUUCAACUAUAAUCACGAUCAUCGUGCUGUUAUUGGUCUGGGUGAUGAGGAAAAGGAUACAAUUGGUCGUCCAACUCUUCCAAGAAGCUGGAAAAGCCGUCAGUGCAAUGCCAUUGCUCCUAUCUACACCAGUGUUGACGUUUUGCACUUUGGCGAUAGUUGUCACUAUGUGGCUGGUUUUUGAACUUUGGAUAGAGAGCUCUGGAUACUUGAGGAAGGUGCUUGACAGUGACAACCUCUACUACAAGAAAGAUGCAGCAAUGAAGACUGCCCGUGUGUACAACCUGCUAGCCAUGUUGUGGUUCACUCAGUUCUGUAUUGGUUGUCAGCAAAUGGUUAUUGCCGGAGCUGUUGCAACAUGGUUUUUUACCAGGAACAAAUCUCAGCUGGGGUCUCCAAUAGGGACAAGCUUCAGUAAUCUGGUAUUUUACCACUUGGGCUCAGUGGCUCUCGGCUCUCUACUCAUCGCUCUGGUUCAACUCGCCCGAAUUGUCCUCAAGUUCCUCCAGAAUCAGCUGAAGAAUGCUCAGGGUGAUGUAGCUCAGUGUAUCUUCAGGGCUUGCCAAUGCUGCCUCUACUGCUUCGAGAAGUUCUUGGCUUACCUGACGCGCAAUGCUUUCAUUGAAGUUGCAAUUUACGGAGAGAACUUCUGCAGAAGUGGACAGCAAGCUUUUAAAAUGUUGUCAAAUAACGCACUUAGAGUGGCAGCAAUCAACUCAGUUGGCGACUUUGUCUUGUUUCUUGGAAAGGUUUUUGUAGUUCUGACCACUGUUCUCAUUGGAACAAAGAUGUUUGAGCACAAGCAGGGUCUUCAACAUGUGUGGGUGCCCCUAGCUGCGGUAGCUUUGUUCGCAGCACUUGUCUCCCAUUGUUUUAUUACUGUGUAUGAGAUGGUGAUAGACACAAUAUUUAUAUGUUUCUGUGAGGAUUGUGAACUCAACGAUGGAAUCAGUAAACCUUACUUUAUGAGCAAAGGUUUAAUGGAAUACGUUGAAAACAGCAAAAAGGUGUUAGCAGUGGGAGAUGGUACAAACCGUGACUGGAGUGGUUCGACUGACAGAGCCGUCAACUCCUAAAGAGAUGGUUGUGCAAACUUGACAAGAUAAUUGGAUGGGAAAACUGUUCAUGCAACCGUCCCUCAAUUAGGUUUAUGCAUUUAGUUUGACAAGUAUUUUUGUAUAUAAUAUUUAUAGCUUGACAUUAAGUUAGUCUUAUGGUUUUUCCAUGUUUUAUUGUAUUAUCUGAAUGUCUUAAUGUGCUGUAUGUAUGGUUUCUUAAUUUUUAUAUUUUUUAUAAAACAGUAUGGAAUUUAGAGAUUGUAGUACUUCAACUUUGUAGAACUAGAAUUUCUACGUCUGUCUAAAGCGGUCUGAAAGUUUGCUAAAUCACAAAUAGUUUUAUUACUGCUUCAGAGCUGUACUCAGAGAGAAUAUGGAAAAUAAAUUCCCUCCCACCCAAAAUUCUGUUUUAAGUUAUGAAUAUUUUUAGUACAAUCAGUUAAAACCAUUAUAAAUUCUAAUCAUGUUUCAACACAACCAUGUAUAUACAUCAGGAAUAUUCUUCAUUAAUUUUUUCAAUUCUUAGUAUAAUAUUGUAUAUACGCUUGUAAAACCCCUAGAUCCCCACAAAUAAAUUCCUGGUCACGCCCCUACACUGCUUUAUUGUAUCUACUCCAUUAGUGUACAAUGUUUCAUAUCAUCUUUUUUUUAAAUAAGUUCAUUUUAAGUAUUGACAUUUUAUAUUCUUAUCACCUAAAAACACUUCAGUAUUAUUAUAGAUAGACUACAAUUAGUUAAACAUAAUUUUCUUUUUCUCUUCAAUGUUUGUUAAGACUGAGACAUUUAAUUUAACUAUUUUGUGGCAGAGACAAUAUUGUAGCUCACAAAUAAAAUACCAAAGUGACCUUGAAAAUAAUUCAUUAGUUUCAGUAGUUGAUUCUAGUAAAAUACAUAACAGUGCAACAUUUUAUCGGUCUAAGUGAUUCUUUUAUAUAAACAUCGGUUGAAAUUGAGUCUAAUAAUGUGUGAUUUUCAGUCUACAUGUGUGUCUUACUGUUUUGAUCACAAACAUUCAACAUAUUGACAGAAAAUCUCUUCUGAAUUAGUCAAUAAGAGUUUAAAAUAUCAUUGCAGUGUUAGUAAGGAAUUAAGUUCUAAAUCAGUAAAGAAUGUUCUAAGUAUUAGUUGUACUCGUAGUAACGGUUAGGGGAUGUGCAGAAGGUAUGAUGGAAUGGCAGUUCUAACUAAACAAAAUAUUCUACUUGUAAACUCUUUUUACACAAAACCAAAGUUAUUUUAUUUUAUAAUUUGUCUUACAAGUUUAUUGUUUUUAAAACCUUACAGAUAAAUUACAUUUUAUAUUGUA